UGCUGUAAACUUAGGAUAUAUGUAGGGCAUAUGUGAUUUAUCCAAAAUUGGGACUCUGUGAAUUCACACAUAUAGCAUUAAUAUUGAGUCAUAUCAUGUUGUAUAUUAUCACUUCAGUUGAAUCAUAUGUUUAAAACAAAUGAUCACUGUGGGAAACAAACAUGUUCAGAUUAGGAACUAAGGCUGGUGCAAGUCACGUGGGGACCAGUUUCCCCUUCACUGUUGAAAGUUAAAACAAUAGUGUCACUACAGUAAAUCACACAUACGCAGGACAGUGCAGUGAGAAGACACAGCUGCAGACAUAGAUUAGAGCUGAGGUUAGAAAUAGAAGUUACUGUAUUUGAGCACAAGUGGGUUAAGAUGUCAGAGGGAGUCUAUGAAAAUUCUAAUGGAUUUAAAGACGAUGAGCCUGAUGCAAUGAAGAACACAGACAUUGAUGGUCAAUUAUAUGCCAACGUACGAGACUUCAAGGCCAGUCCAAAAGAUGGAGUUGUUGCUUCAGUACAUGUUCAGUGGUGGAAGAGACCCUCUGGAGUUGCUGCAGUGUGUCUGGGGCUGCUGUGUGUUCUCCUAUUGGCUGGGAUCAUAGGUCUGGCUGUCUACUAUGGAAUCAUUAGUCAGCGAGACUCAACAGAGCGAGACCUGCUACAGGCCAGUUACAGCCUUCUGACUAAUGAGAGAGACCAGCUGCAGACCAGUUACAACAACAUGACUGAAGAAAAAGACCACCUACAGACCAGAUACAACAGCAUGACUGAAGAGAGAGACCUGCUACAGGCCUGUUACAGCCUUCUGACUAACAAGAGAGACCAGCUGCAGACCAGUUACAACAAAAUGACUGAAGAAAAAGACCAGCUACAGACCAGUUGCAACAGCAUGACAGAAGAGAGAGACCAGCUACAGACCAGGGUUAGGUUAUCUGAGGAACCCUGUCUAGCUGAAUGGUGGAAGUUUGGCACAAGCUGUUAUUAUGUCUCCUCCAAGAUGAACACACCGGGGGCCGGUCAGAAGGAGUGCAGAACAAUGGGAGGAGAGUUGGUUGUUAUAAACAGCAGAGAAGAACAGAUAUUCAUUAACGGAUUUAAGAAGAAUGUCUGGAUUGGUAUUUAUAAAAAAGACGGAAUCUGGAAGUGGGUUGACAGCACACCAUUUACAACUACGUAUUGGAUGGAAGGAGAACCUAAUAACUUCAAUGACGAGGUGGUUUGUGUUGAGAUCUCACAGACAGCAACAGACCCAUUGAAGUGUUGGAAGGACGGACCAUGUGUUGAACAACACUGGGUCUGUGAGAAACCAAUCACACUGUAAUUAUUGGUUAUCCCUGUGAGGCUUAAGAUGCUUUUGUCUCUCUCUUUCUAGUUGUUUACUGGUGAUGUCCAGUAGUUAUCAUGUUGAUGGUCAUACUGAAUGGUUAAGUGAUGAUGUCUAGUAGUUAUCAUGUUGAUGGUCAUGAUGAAUGGUUAAGUGAUGAUGUCUAGUAGUUAUCAUGUUGAUUGUCAUGAUGAAUGGUUAAGUGAUGAUGUCUAGUAGUUAUCAUGUUUAUGGUCAUGCUGAAUGGUUAAGUGAGGAUGUCUAGUAGUUAUCAUGUUAAUAGUCAUGAUGAAUGGUUAAGUGAUGAUGUCUAGUAGUUAUCAUGUUAAUAGUCAUGAUGAAUGGUUAAGUGAUGAUGUCUAGUAGUUAUCAUGUUAAUAGUCAUGAUGAAUGGUUAAGUGAUGAUGUUAUCAUGUUGAUGGUUGGAAACAGUACUGAAAGGUUAAGUGAUAAUUCCACCUAGUGGAUAAAGUGAGAGAUCCACUCACCAUCGAGGUAAAAUAGUGGUAUUAUAAAUAUGUCAAUGGCUCUUUCUCAAUGAGUCUUCCUAUAUUCUUCCUCAUAUCCUUCUUCCUCAGCUCCUCAAAACACUUUGGAUAACAUGGUCCAAGAGGAGUGACCUUGGACCUUCUCUAAUAGGAGGAUAUAUAUAUAUAGCCUAAGUGUCAGAGAGACAUGGGGAAGAAGAAAAGUAAGAGAAUAAUAACAAACAAAGAAAAACAUUGAAUUGUUUUAGAUUUAGAGGAUCGUAUGUAGACAUGCAAUCAGUAAAAUGCUUAUAUUCAUAGUUUUUAUUAGUAUGUAAGUCUCUCUGGACGAGGGCUUCUGCUAAAUGACAAAAAUGUAACAAUUUAUGUAAUUUUCCAUCGGCUUAUGCUUGUUUAUUAUUUAUUAUAUAUAUAUAUAUAUAUUUAUUUUUGCAUGUUGAACUAUUAGCAUAAAUGGCUUUUAUCAUAACAACAAAGUAAAGUAAUAAAGGAACAAUGCCCUUUAA